ACCUUGUACCCUCGUCGACCAUGGCGAAUAUGACUCUGAAGCACAAUGAACUCGCCGCUGCUACGACGGUACCGCAACUCCACAUCAAAAACUUCGUAUGCUCUGCCAAUUUGGGCAUGCGCUUCGACUUGACAAAUCUACUGGUCAAGUCGCAUCGACGUGCGGAGCUGGUGCCCAAGAAGAACUGCAUCCUUAUGAAGUUACACAAUCCCAAGGCCACCGCUAUGCUAUUCGCCAACGGCAAGCUGGUCUGCACGGGCGCUGAGACGGAGGAGGCCAUCAAGAACGUAGCCCGCAGAUUUACGCAGGUUAUCCAGAAGAUGGACUUUCCAGGAGUGAACCUCAUCGACUUCAAGAUCCAAAACGUCGUGGGCACAUGUGAUCUGGGAUUCCGAGUGCUAGUGGAGGCGCUUGCCUUCGCCCACAGUGACCGCUGCACGUAUGAGCCGGAAUUGUAUCCAGCGUUGAUUUACCGCUUGGAGAAACCGCAAGUGAAGGUCCUCGUGUUUGUGAGCGGAAAGGUGGUCUUUACGGACUCGAAGGAGCCACGAGAGCUGUACGCUGCCUGCGAGGCUAUCUUUCCGAUUCUAUCGCAAUUCAAGGACCCGAAGCCAGUCGACCCCAGCAGCGCUGCCACCAGUGACGGGUUGUCGCGUCACCAUUUGAAGACUGACACAAGCGAUGAAUCUCACCUUGACGAUUAAGUUAGGUGGCUGUAUACAUUAAUUUUUUUUACUGACGAUUGUUGUUCGCAUGUCUGGUUACUGCUCUCGUUGAAUGUCUGCAUUAUCGAUAGCAUUGGCAAAGAAAACACGCUGGUACGAAAAGCGAAGGAAUAGUACGAGUACCCAUGUCGUUCGAAGGCUAUCUACCAACUCGUUGGUGAUGCUGACAGGAUCUCCACGGGGAGUUGGAAGGAGAUCUUGUGUUUUGUGUUGCUGGUUGCUUUGAAAAUCUAGUUGCUCUUCGGUUGGAUGCUGGAUAGUCUGCCAUCGGGCGACGUGCUUUUGAAGAGUAGCGAGGGGCUCAGAGAGGUUAUGCAAGAAAUGGAGUUGAUAAUUCAGUGGAACUAUUAAUCGCUCCACUUGCGCGAUGAUUUGGAGUACCAAACGCUGGUGAAUAUUAAACACUGUCGCCGGUGACAAGCCGGAUAAAAUAUCAUCCUUGCGAGAUCUCGGCUGCAUGAGCUGUUGUAACUUUUGUUGCAGUGCAUCCAAGAGCCAACGUACUGAUUGUUCCUGCCCAAAUGGAACAGAAGUGAAUAUUCGAAUGAGUAUCUUGUGUGAAUGUACUUACCAAUGAGUAAAGCUGGCAAAUAUCGGAAUGCCCAA